GCGCUAGAAUUUUUCUUCCAUUUCCCUGGUUUUGGUUUCUUUAGGCCUUCUUUAAUUGAUGCUUGUCUCUUCUUUGAUAUUAUGUGUUGUGCAGGUCUUUCAGCCUUGGAUCCAGAAGAGACGAAUUACCUAUGCAAAGCUCAAGCAUGUGAUGUCAGGAAUCCUAAAGCACCUGAAACAGCGUGCUCUAGGAAGGCUCCUGACUUGUGAUGGAGAACCUAAUGAGGAUGUCAUAAAAAAGUUGUUUCAUACAAUUGACGAGAAUCAUGAUGAGCAUCUUUCGGCUGGUGAAUUAAGAGCACUUAUUUUGGGAAUCCGGUUUGAGGAGAUAGACUUGGAUAAGGAUGAUGCUGUUAAUAAAGUUAUGAAAUAUUUUGAUACUUCCAAUGAUCAGCGCAUUAGUGAGAGAGAGUUUGUAGAUGGUAUCUCGAAGUGGCUUAAUGAGGCAAAGCAAGUUGUGGGAUAUAAACGUGAUGCUGGUUCCCAAACAUUUACACAUAUACAAAAUUUUCAGCUGCAAACUAGGAGAGAGCAUCGCCUGUUGGGCGCACAUGAGGAACAAAGUGAUGAGCUUGUUGAGGGUGUUGAAAAUCCUAGGUUGACCUCCUUCAAAGCAGCACGAAUGCUGUUGCUAGGAACUCUGAUUGCUGUUGCUUUUGCUGAUCCCCUGGUCGAUGCCGUUGAUAAUUUUUCAGAUGCGACGAGCAUCCCAACAUUCUUCGUCUCUUUUAUUGUAUUGCCAUUGGCCACCUCUAGCGAAGCUGUAUCUGGCAUUAUUUUUGCUAGUCGUAAGAGGCAGAGGACAACCUCCUUGACAUUCUCCUUGCUUUACGGGGCAGUAACUAUGAACAACGUCCUUUGCCUCUCAGUUUUCUUAGCACUGGUUUAUGUGAGGGGAUUGACAUGGGACUUCUCGUCUGAGGUGCUGAUAAUUCUUAUUGUUUGCCUUGUUAUGGGAGCCUUUGCCAGUUUCCGCACCACAUUCCCUCUAUGGACAUGUUUAGUGGCUUUUAUUCUCUACCCUUUCUCCCUGGCGCUGGUUUGUGUUCUGGAUUACGUCUUUGGUUGGUCUUAAACUCAUGAUUCUUGAACAAUUGAACAUUAGCUUGGGGAGUAUCUGGACUUUCUGGAACCAAAGAAACUGCUCAAAGUCAGGUCUCUGUUGGAAUAGGGUUGCUUGCUGGGUCCACUGUGAUGCUUCUCACGGUUAUAUGGGGUUCUUGUGUUGUGGUUGGUAGGUGUGAUCUUCAGGAUUCAGUUGCAGUUGAUGGAACCAAUUCAAAAGGAUUUAGCUUAACAGGUGAGUAAAAAAUACUUCAAAAACAAUUCAUUAAUUAAUUAUCUACUUGAUGAGCUGUUUUAGCAUACACGCUGCAGAAUCUCAGCGCAUAUUACAGAACUCUCA